AUGUCCUCUCCCAUCCUCGCAUCUUCGCGCCCUACACAUCUUUGGCGAUCCGGAUCAUCUCUCAUAUCCUCUAUCAGGACACACUGCCAACAUGCUCUCAUCGCCCAUCUCCUUGUUCCACCCGCCGCACAGCUCAAGCUGCCUUGGCUUUGGCUUGCCAACAUCCCCGAGCCACCGUUCCAGUUUGCUCCCUCAACCCCAUCCUCUGGCCAGCCCAAAUACCUAGUACGACGACACGACAUCCUCAAUGCAUCUUCCCAACCUCCCUCAGCAGGCAUAUACGACCCCUCAAGCUUCAAGGCGCACCCCAGGCCGGAUAAGAGGACAGUAGGACAGGAGAAAGGGGCAGCGAUGUUCGCUAGAUGCGAGCUUCAAUACACACCACCACCAGAUGGUUUAUGUGGUACACCAACCAACAAACCAGGCAUGCCACGUCAAUGGCGAAUUUCAAAACGACAACGCCCACGACCCCACAACCCCACAACGAGGGACGAUGAGGCCAAUCCAUUACAUAGCGACCACCCAUCACCAGUACCACAACCUGUGAACAACAAUGGGCCACGAGUGCCCACCACCCACGGACGGCGACGAGCACCCACCAUCAUCACCACUCGAACCAACAACAGGCAAUGA